AUGGAACACAGGGCACCAAAGGAAUAUGUUCUAGAGAUCUUUGCAGACCAGACAUUCGUCAAGGACAUUGUCAAAGCCGUGCUUCAUACCAUCUUCUUCCAUCGAUAUUUCCCCCCUAUCCGCCCCUCCCUGCGCGAUCUCCCCCAGCUUGACAUCACUCUACCCUACAUUGCCGAUCCCCCAGAGAUUGAAACACUUAUAGACACCCGCACAACGGCCUUAGUACACCAAUUGACCUCGGCAGACACGCCCAACGGUGGUGUCAGGGGUCAGAUAGCCAUCCAAUUCUUCGAAAAAAGAAGACGCAAGACUGGAGGAUGGCUGGGUGGGAUAGGGAGAGGAGCGGACGAGGAGGUGUGUUGGGAGGAGUGGCUACUGGAAGUGACGAUUGCGAAGCCGAAGACCGAAAGUGAGAGAACAAAGUUGCGAAGAGCCAUGGAAAGUUCAUUGCAGAAGACGGCAAUGAAGAUAUUGGCCAUCGUGAAUAGGGAUAAGGACCAUAUACCACCUAUCACCACUCAUGAUGCCAACCCUUUUCCCUAUCAGCUCGUUUUAAACCCAAAACAGGAGGGAUAUGGUCAUCGGUUUGGAAGUUGGAAUUGA